GGUUUUACCGCUUUUAACCCGGCCGGCGGCGCGGGCGCUCCAUUCCGCCUCUCGCCGCCGCCCGCGCCGGCCACUCGCUACUAUUUGUAAUUAACACAGUAAAUAGAUCACGAUGUACAAGUCCUUGGUUCUGCUGUGUGUUGUUUACUGUGUUGUCAUAGAGGCCCGUCCAAAAUGGCAGUUCCUUCCCCCAGUGCCCGGCUACGUGCCCGUGUACAUCCGCACGGGCGACACUCCCCUCGAGGAAAUCAACCCUGAGCUCGCCGAGGCCUUCCACGCGCUGCCGGCCGGCCGCAGCGCCAGCAAACAACUCGAGGCUUCCCCCGAAAUGCCUGAACUUGCCGACCAACCUGAAGUUCCUGAGCAACCAGAGAAACCCAGGAAAAUUGAAGACGCAUCGCCCAUCGACCAUCGCCCUUAUGAGAAAAAGAAGUCGAAAAAAGCAAGCUCCGAGAUCGCGAAACCGAUUGAGCGUAGAUAAGCUUUUAUAGUUAAGUAGUUUGUAAGAAUCGUGACUGAAAUGACUAUUUGUUUUAUAAAAGUAAGAAGUU